AUGAACGAAGUUGAAGAGCCUUCUCUUAAAUUCAGCUGGGAAGACGACGCCAUUCUUGAUGACGAGGAUGCCGCGGAUGAGGACGCCUCGAGCGUGGAUACCUCGAGCGAUGACGCCCCAGGCGAGGUCGCAGAAGGGGUAGCUGCUGCCUCAGAUGGAGGUACCUCAGGCGAUGACGUCCCAAGCAAGGUCGGAGAAGGGGAGGCCGCUUUCCAAAAAAUCCUCGAUUACAACUAUUCGGAAGAGUUCAAGAAGACAUUGGCCAUUUGGACCCGCAAACGCCACUACACUCCACCACCCUUUCCAUCACCUCUCACCUUUCAGGAUAGGCAUCUCGACCCAGGUAUUAUCCUGAAACGCGUCAAGCUGAUGCCUUCAAUGCUCCACGACCUCUCCGCAAAUCAUGGUGCGGAGAUGGAGAAAUUUCGUGCUCAAGGUCAUAGUCUCGUUGAUGGCAUCCGUGCGCCCUGUUACUCCGGCAGGGCACUGGGAAACUCACGCGACGUGUCCAGAUUUUACAGGCGCAACCUUGGGGACUCCUGCUCUGCCAUCGCUUCCAGGUGCACCCUCCAUCCGUCCAUCUCCGGAUCUCUUCUGCGGAUGCAUCAAAAGCCAUACAAAGACGACGAAGACGAGGAUCGUUACCAUACCGAAUGUUCACUAGAAAUGCUAACUAGCGGUGUCGCUAAACUGGCCAAAUCGUUGGACAAGGACCUUGCCCUGAUGCUACAGAAUCAGGUGGAUGGUAACCCUACUCUUGCCCUAUGGCAGAUCUUUUCAAUGUCAAACACAGCGGAGGACAUGCUGAAAGCGAUAGACACCUGCUCCGACCCAUUUCCUUGGGAGUUGCCAAGGGUGACAGGACACAUGCCUGCUAAUUUCAGAGGCGUUCGACUCCACUCGGAUGCCAAUGAUAUGUCGUGGUCUAUCUCGUCAUCUUCCACUGAAUCACCCUCUACCGAGCCAUCUGAAGCCCCAAGCACAAUCCUUCCAGACGAUGGACAUUUAGUAUCGCUUCCUGACCCAAAGAAUGAUGAAAUGAAGGCUCCAGGAGCAAAUGUCAAUUCUUUCCUUCAGCAUGCUUGGGCAAGAGCUACUUGUUAUGAUAGCACUUUCAUCAUUCUCACUUGCGGAACGCUUGAACGAAUUUGCAUUCGCCAUAGAGCUUCACAAACUCUCUAUGUUUCCGAAUUAAUUGAUACAUCUGGAUACAAAGAUCUGACCUACGGCCAGAUUCAUCUUGGUCUUCAUCUCGCUAUCAUGCAAGACGCAUUGGCUCGUAUGCGUCAAAGAGAAGGUGACCGCGUUCUAAAGCGCAAGGAAAGCGAGGAAAGAUCUGAAGACGUUAAGCGGCAGAAAGUUUCACCUACCGAACACCAGAAGAAGCCAAAUGUGGCAGAUGGCAAAGACGUAUCCGAAGAAACGAACAAAGCUGAGCCAACUGUCGAUUGCCCAAAGUCCAUUGAAGAGGCCACAUCUGCUGUCCCUGAGGGGAAGCUUGACGUCAGCCCCGACGAGGAAAUUGACAAGAAAGCGGGCUCAAGAAAUCUAUUCCUCGUGCAUUUAAACAUCGGCAUACAUCGCUCCCCCGCCCCUGCCUCCUUCAUUCGAAUUGGGAAAUCAUCCGCGCCUGAUAUUGUCUCAAGUUCACACGGCUUCGAUGAAAUAGCAGAUGGAUAUUCCCAUAAACAGUACGCAACAAUCAAGCUUGACAAAAUCCUUGGUAGCGGCGCAGUGGGUGUUGUUUACAAGGGAAUCCUCGAACUUAAGGAUGGCGUGGAGAGUGGAGCCGUUUCUAAACCGAUUGUCGUCAAACUCGCUUUCAGUGCAUGGCAGAAGCGUAGAAUGCGUAAAGAAUACGCCGUUUACAGUCACCUUGCUACAAAGGAAGGGUUUGAAGGCGUCGUUCGGGUCCACGGUUUUUUCCAGGAUGCAGAAAAUGGAUGUCUAGCCCUUGUUCUAAACGAUGCAGGGAUGUCACUUCGCCAACGGGAGUUCAUGCGGACGGGCGCGUGGGACAGUCCUUUGAAAACUACAGCAGAAGAACGAGAUGCGUAUGCUCGUGUUCUGACAAGUAUUCACAAUGCUGGGGUUCAUCACCGAGAUAUUCGAGGCUUCAAUUUGAUGAUCAACCCCGACGGCAAGGUCUUCUUUAUCGAUUUUGAUCGGGCAAAGUUGAACCCCAGUGAAUGGCAACAAGAGAGCGAGCAUUCGAGGCUUGAUUGUCUCUUGUUGGGCGCGCGCGAGACUGCUGGACGCUCUACAGGUUCCUCUGAUUAUUAUUCAGAUUGACACCCCCCCCCCCUCCCCCGCCACCUCGAGAAGCUCAACCUGUGAAUUGUUGGGCGGUCGUGAUCGCCAGUUGUACUUUUAGAGGAUAGCUUCUUAGCUAUGUAUCAUAUUACUCUUUCAACGUACGCCGUUAACACAGCUCCUCUUGAUUUUU